UUCUCUCUCUCCUGAGGGUCUUUUUCCUAUAUAUUGAGAACAAACUAGCUAUCUGGGCAGUAGAUGUCUGUUCUAUCUUUAGAAAAGAUAAGCAAGUUUAAGAGGGGAAAGAAUUAAAGGAAGAGUAGAGUUCUUACUUGAGAAAUCUUGGAGACUUGCUUGUAAGAAAGGAAGAAACAAAUAAAGUGAUAAUGGGCAGACCACCUUGCUGUGAUAAGAUAGGAGUGAAAAAAGGACCAUGGACUCCUGAGGAAGAUAUCAUCUUGGUAUCAUAUAUUCAAGAACAUGGUCCUGGGAAUUGGAGAGCUGUGCCAACUAGUACAGGACUGCUUAGAUGCAGUAAGAGUUGCAGAUUGAGAUGGACUAAUUACCUAAGGCCAGGGAUCAAACGUGGUAAUUUUACCGAUCACGAGGAGAAGAUGAUAAUCCACCUCCAAGCCCUUCUAGGCAACAGAUGGGCUGCCAUAGCUUCAUACCUCCCUCAGAGAACAGAUAAUGACAUUAAAAACUUUUGGAACACACAUUUGAAGAAGAAGUUGAGAAAGCUUCAAGCAGGGCAAGAAGGUCAGUCUAGAGAUGGGUUAUCAUCAACAGGUUCACAGCAAAUUUCUAGAGGCCAAUGGGAGAGAAGGCUUCAAACUGAUAUCAACAUGGCUAGGCAAGCCCUAUGCGAGGCCUUGUCUCCCGGUAAACCAAGCAGCUUGUUAACCGGGUUGAAACCCUCUUGUGGGUAUGAAAAACCAGCUACAGAACCAAUCUAUGCAUCAAGCACUGAAAAUAUAUCCAGAUUGCUCAAAGGAUGGAUGAUAAGUGGGCCUAAGCAGUCGCUAAAAAAUUCAACUACUCAGAAUUCCUUCAUCGAUACGGCUGGAGCUGAUUCACUGUCUAGUGAAGGGACUCCUGAUAAAGCAGACAAAAAUGGCACUGGAUUAUCACAGGCAUUUGAAUCACUCUUUGGUUUUGACUCUUUCGACUCUUCAAAUUCAGAUUUCUCUCAAUCCAUGUCGCCUGAUACUGGCCUUUUCCAAGACGAAAGUAAGCCAAAUUCCAGUGCUCAAGUGCCACUGUCAUUGAUUGAGAGGUGGCUAUUUGAUGAAGGAGCCAUGCAAGGGAAAGAUUACAUAAACGAAGUCACAAUAGAUGAAGAUAAUCUCUUCUAGUGGGAGGGCUCUUCUUUGUUGUGGCUACUUUGAGUGCUCUUCUGAUUUAGACUAAUAUGCUAGUAAUUUUUUCUAAAGGGAUUCCUUGUUCGAGAAUCACUGGUUCUUUUUAUUUUGCUCUAGGCCUUGAAGUGAUACAAUUUCACAGUGGUCAUAUUAGUUAGAAGUUCCCAUCCCUUUAGAGCAAGAACACGGACAGUGUAAAUGUGAAUUAAUUACUAAUAUGUCAUAUUUCCUCUGUCGAGAAUAAAUUUACACAGACAGUGUAAAUUAGAAUAUAUAUAAAUAUAUAUUCUAAUCUUAACAAA